GCAGCGCGGGGGCAGCUCCCGCAGCGCGGCCCCUCCGGGCGGCCCCUCCGGGCGGCCCCUCCGGCGGCUCCUCCUCCUCCCGAGGGGCCGGGGCGGCCAUGGCGGAGGCGGGAAGGGCUGGCGGGAGCCCCGCCACAGCCCGCCGCGCUGCCCGGGUGUCUGUCAUUGUGCCUGUUCACAACAGCGAAUGCUGGUUGGAUGAAUGCUUGAAGUCAGUUUGGGAGCAAGAUUUUCAAGGAACCAUGGAGCUGUCAGUUUUUAAUGAUGCCAGUAAGGAUGGUUCAUCUGCAAUAAUUGAAAAAUGGAAGAUCAAGUUGGAAGAUGCUGGUGUUCCAGUGAUCAUUGGUAGUAAUGAUUCAUCUCAACCUCGAGGUGUUGGAUUUGCUAAAAAUCAAGCAGUAAUGCAGAGCUCAGGAACCUAUCUCUGCUUCCUGGAUUCAGAUGAUGUGAUGAUGCCACAGCGGGUUAGACUGCAGCACGAAGCUGCCAUUCAACACCCAAACAGUAUUAUUGGGUGCCAAGUCAGAAGAGAACCCCUGGACUCCACUGAACGUUACACUCGUUGGAUCAAUAAUCUAACUGAAGAACAACUUCUCACACAGAUAUUUACUUCCCAUGGGCCUACUGUGAUCAUGCCAACCUGGUUCUGUUCUCGAGAAUGGUUUUUUCAUGUGGGAAAAUUUGUUGAGGAUGGGAAGGGUGUUCCAGAAGAUUUGUUGUUUUUUUAUCAACAUAUCCAAAAGGGGGGUGAAGUCUUUCGAGUAAACCAUUGCCUCCUGCUGUACCGUUACCAUCCACAGGCUGCGACUCAUUCCAUCCUAGAGGGAACCAUCUGGAAUCACCGAGUCAGGUUUCUUGAAGACAGAGUCCUGAGCUCCUGGACAUCAUUCACCAUUUGGAAUGCUGGCAAGCAGGGCAAGAGGCUCUACAGAAGCUUGUCACCAGCUAAUCAGAAAAAGGUAACUGCAUUUUGUGAUGUCGAUGAGAAGAAAAUAACAAAAGGAUUCUACACUUAUGAAGCCUCUGAGGAGAGACCAAAACCCAGGAUUCCUAUUUGCCACUUCAGAGAUGCUGCCCCUCCUUUCAUCAUCUGCGUGAAGCUGGAUUUGACAGGUGGAGCAUUUGAAGCAAACCUGAACAUGCUGAACUUGAAGGAAGGGACAGAUUAUUAUCACUUCAACUAAGAAACAAGGUAAGGCAGUGAUACUGAACCUGUGUUAUCCCCUUAGUGUGUGUGUGGGAAAAGAGACUCUUAGCAUGAGCCAGGUUCUGGUUUUGGACAUGAACAGAAGAUUCCUGCAGGUUGUAGCAGGUACCUCACAGAGAAACUGGCUCAUUUUUAGCUCCUCUGACUAAAUUUUUCCUUCAAGUUUUCAUAGGGUGUGUGUGUAGACCCAUCAAACAACACACAGAGGAAUUAGACUAUCACGUUGCCUGUGCAUUUGUCCUCCCCAUCACAUUAAUCUUACUAAAGAUUAAUGUUCUAGCCAUUUUAUAGUCAAUAAGACUUGAAGGACUGAGUCACCUCCGUAUUCUUCAAGGGCCAUGAAGCUUCAGUCCUUAUUACAGUGUUUACCACAAGAACACUCACUUGAAUUAGAUGCAUAAAGAGCUGUUAAGAGAGGCUUUGACUUUAGCUGAAGUGAAACCUGGAUUGUUUGGUUGGAGUGAGACAUAAGUAGGACAGACUUUUUGCACAGGGAUAUUUAUGCUCAGGAAGAUUUAAUUAUCACUAAAUGCUGAUUUGCUACCUCUGGAAAACAAGUCUUUUAAGAGACUAAUGCAGCAGGUCAGGUUUAACACUGGAUGUGUGUACAGCAAGCACAGGCUCCAGGGCUCCGUUCAGAGUUGGAGAAGUAAAAGUCAUUGACAAAAAAAACCCCUCCAAGUCAGUUGUGACAGAAGUAUGAAGAGAAACUGCCAUCUUGUGGCUACAGAUAAUGAGCUUAAAAAAUGAAAACAUUAAUGAACCUUUGUUGCCUUUAUAAGGCAUACCUACACAAUUCUUUAAGACACAACCUCUGCCUCUUCUUUUGCUCAGCACUGCCCUGACAGCUCGUGCUGGGGAUCCAGUUUGUCAGGUUGCUGCAGCACAGACUCCUUCCGCCCUGAGGGCACCUGAACCAGGAGGGAACCAGCAGCCAGUGCCUGCACCUUCACUGUGCUGAGCUCUGCAGGAGAGAGAGGAAGAACAGAGGUCACCUGGAGUAGCAGAUACCACCACUUUAUCAGUAUCCCAGUCAUGGACCCAAGUAAACUAAAUGGAGAAGAAAAUACUGACAUACCAAGCUGUAAUAUUUACAGUCCUUUUUAAUACUUUAAUUUUUAACUACCCUUUAGCAGCUUUUAUUUGUACAAGUUUAAAAGGACUUAUAAGUGCUGAUAUCAUAUGAUAUUAACUUCAUUCACCUUUUCAUAAUCCUUGAGUGCUUCUCCUCUGCUCUCAGGGUAUGUGAGCUCUUGAAGAAGAGCAGAGUGUGUGAGCAGAACCUGCCUGCUAGUAGGGACAGCUGGGAGCCCUUCAGGUCCAGGGAGUGUCACUCUCAGAGUGAACUCCAGCAGUUCUCAGGGCAGGGACUUUGCAAAAAGUUAUACUGACUAUUUGCUUAUGUUAAAAGAGGAGGAAAAGGUGCUGUUCUAAACCCAGGAACAUUAUUUCCAGACUGCACGUGACACUGUUUUUAACAGUUGCAUCUGACUUACCUGUGUGCCUAUUUGACUACUUAUUAUUUUAUUUAUACCAGACUUUUCUCCUAAUGUGUCAGGCUUCUCUCAGCCACCAGUAAUUAAGAAGCCGAGAUAAGUAUUUUGAGAUCAGUGGAUUCAUCUUGCAACAUCUUAAUUUUGAACAUAACAUUUCUAUUAGUUGACUAGAAAACCUUGGAACAGCAACACUUGGGUCAACUGCUGCUCUAAAAACAAUGGCUUUUAUGGGCAAGAGGUUCAGAUUCUUGUUUUCCAAAAUCACAAGUGUUAGUCACAGGUAUCUUAAGAUGUGACUAAAAGCAGAAAACUGUAGAUCUGUCUCAGUAAGAACAGGAAGAGGAGAGAACUGGUAUGGGGACAGGAGGGUGUCCUUGGAGGUUAUUUGUAUCAGUCUUCUGACCAGUUUUUUGAAUGUACUUUAUAAAAUCUCUCUGUAUUUUUACAUCAGUGCAAACUCAAACCAUAGGAUCUGCUUACAUCAGGAAGCAUCUUGAGUGUAAAGCAUUAUCAGCACAUCACACAGGAAGAGCUGGCUGACCUCAAACUCUUACUGUCCUAUCACAGAGAGCCAGUUCAAGAUGUACUUUAAAAACUCCACUAGCCAAGAUCAGGAGCAGAAGAGACUUGGUGACUUUCAGCCACCGAUGGUGCAGCUGUGAAGAAGGCUCAUGGAAGUCUGAAAUGGAACUGUGCAGGGCAACAGAAUAAUGCUCUGAAUAAUGACAGUCAUGAGAAUAAACUUAAUGGUGCUCAAGUACUUUAAUGAGAAAAUGAAGGGAAUUGAGAUCCAAGCUCUAAGGAAAAACUUGGGAAAGAAGACUGCCAGAGGUAAUAUUUCUGAAUUAUGAAAUGAUUACAGAGGACAAAAUUCUAACUAUGGAAGCAGAACAAUAAAAAUUACAGUGGCCAAGAAUAAAUUGAUAUAGCACUAUUUAUAAGCUGGGUGCCUGUGAUUCUAAAGAAUUAGCCUUGGGUCAUCAAGUGUUUUCACUUUGUCUGGUAUUACUCAAAGUAGAAAUAAUUUUUCUUUGUUAAUUCUCACGUUAACACAUGUUUUCUAAAGCAGCAAUAAUUCAGCUUCCUUAUCUCUGCACAGAGAGGAAAGGAACCUGCUGAAACCCUGAGCAGAUGGGCAAUUCCACAUGAUCUGCAUUAAAAUGAAAUGGAACCUACACACGGGUAUAUUGUCUGCCUUAUGAAUGUAGUAACUUUUAGUUUAUAUUCUUCCUUUUAGGCAGUGUUAGAAUUCUGUGGCUGGAACAACCAUGUUAUAAUUCUGUUGUUGAAACUGGAAGUUUUUAUCCUCUUUCUUUGCCCAGAGAGGGCAGAUGAAGUUUUUAAAACAUCUGUCCUGUAUUACUUCAUGCUUGUGUUUUGUCUGAGUAAGAUGUCACACUACAAGUCUGGAAUGCUGUCAAGAAAGGAGCAUGGAAGGGCCUGAGACAACAGGCUUCAGCAGUUCCACACGCGUAGCGAGCUGGGAGGACAUAGCCACCAACCACUGGAGAACUGCAUCUGUUGCACUGAACUACAGCAGACUUGGUGGAACUGGUCAUGACCACGUGUGGCUGAAACCCCCUGAGGAGCACCUUCCAUACCUUACCUUGGACACCAGCUGUGGUUUGGGCACUUUCAGGAGAUCACAGAGACUGUUGCGUUUCUCUCUCACGACUGGCAGUUCAGCUUCCCUGCACAAGGAAGUAUUUUCCAGUUAAUUCUAAAAUUAAAACUUGAAGUUGGCUACAUGCAUAACAGCUUGUAGAGCUGGCUCUUUUGUUAUCUUAUUACCAGGUCUGUAUCUCCACAUGUACAUUGCAAGUCCUAGAAUUUUUUGUUCUGUCACACUUCACCAACAAUGUGCCAUUUUUGUACCAUCUUGAACUCAAACCAGGACAAUCUGGCUUAAGAUGGUACAAAAAUGUCACAUUGUUCUUAAAGUUGACACAGAUAAACCACAGAACCAUCCAGAAGUGACAGUUACCAGUAAAGUGUCCCAGAAUAUUCUAGGUUUUUGUAUAAAAAAAAAAAUAGCACUAAUUCAUAGUCUUUUGACUAGAAGUUCACUCAUUUCAUUCUCUAAACUCACAGCUCCUUUUUGCUUCAGAAAAGGUCACACCAAGAAUUUAAAUAAAUGUCACUGGAUUUGGAGCACAUUCUACUAUCUAAAGAAGCCUUCUCCUGAAAUAGGAAAUCCAGACCUAAAAUUGUGAGUCUCUUAAAAAGUUUCUGAAAUAGCAUCGUGUCCAUGAGAUAAUUUCCUCAAGAGCUGUCAGUUCCAAAAAGCUCCCAAAUGCCAAAAAUCCAUACAGACAACCUUCUUUUCCUUGUAAAAAGUUACAACUGUAAAUGGGCUGUUAAAAAUUUAACUCUUAGCACAUAAAUAGAGUCCAAAACUACAGAGAAAAAACAAACAUGAAGGGCAAGUUAGAAAUAACCUCAACUUCCUUCCAUGUAGUCUGGAAACCUCCUGUAGCUAAACAAAAGUUAUUAUUUAGAUAGUAAUUUGUUUCAACUCUGCAUUACACAAUUGUAUGAUAAACACUGUAAACAGGGAACAAAUGUGUGUGCCAGUAAUUAUCAUCAUUUUCCCCAGAUAUUAAUUCUAAUUUGGCUUCCUGCUGUUAGUGCUCAUUGUAAUUCAGAAUUUACUGCACUCGUUUUAGCACUGAGAGCUGGGGAAUAACAAGCAGAAUCACUGACACUCAGCAAUGACUUCAAAUAUCUUAUUUUGUAAACAGUUAAAAUCUACCAAGAUAAAACAUUUAAGCUUUAAGUAAACUAACUCUUCAUCUUUCAUCUUAACACAACAGACAUACUGCAAUGGGGAACUUUUAGAGCAAGCCCUGAAGACAGAAUAAAACAGGCAGCCAGACACACCUUAAAAAUGACACAGUAAAAAUAGAAUAUGUAGUUUCUAGGAAGUAUUUUGCUUUGUUUUAGUAACCCAUUUCUAAGUAAAGCUGUACAACCACUGCUGCCUCUGUAGCAAUUUGGUGUGCACUUAUCAUCUGAGUCUGUGAGCAUCCCUUGGUGACAGCACUCAUAUAAUCCUACUCAAUUGUUUCUUUUAGCAAAUUCUUUCUGUGACUUCUGAGCAAGCCUGUUCUUCAGAUCUCAGAAGCCAGCACUGAAUCACACUAAACACAGCACUGAACAUCAGUAAGUAGUAGAGCAAGUUACUGUCACAGCAGAAUUGUUGAUAAUAAAUUCUUCAAAUCUGAGCCCAUCAGUCUGAUUUUGUACUGGAAAAUUCAGAAAAAUGGCAGCAGCCACCCCUUACAAUGACAAACUUAGUUUUCUUUUCCCAAAUGUCAAGUUAUUUAAGCUCAACCACAGAAAUAAAAUAGAAACUAAAUAAUGUAAACAUGCAGCCUGAAAAUAUGUAAACCACAACUGUAAGGUAUGUUUGUUCUUUGAACAUGCCUGGGUUCAUUUUAUUUCCAUAAAAUGUCAAGGAAGACAAAAAGUCAUGUAAUGACUAAAUAAAUUAUGUAUUUUUUUGUAUA